GAGACAUCACUCAACUUCAGCCUUCCAAGACUAAACCACAAAAAGUCGUGCAGUCAUGGUGGCGUAUAAUCCUUGCCUCUGGGCGGAUUUCUGCGAACAUGAUCGGACAAUUGACGGUGGGUAAGAUUCUAUCGUAAUACAUAACGAAUCUUCUCUUGGUGUGUAGCACAUUAUCCUGCAGUGCUCUGCCGUGUCGCUAAAUCCUUCUCGCAAAUGGAUACGUAUCACGCCGACAAGUACCACUUAGCACCUGAAGCGUUUCACUUACGGGAUGGCGAAGACUCAAAAAGGCGUGCGACAGCGGCCCAAGAUUUCGAAUUCCAUGAGCAUGCUACUUCACGAUCUACGAUGAAUCCAAGAGAAACGCGUCGCGCCCCACGGAAACUCGUGCUGUGUUUCGAUGGUACGGGUAACAAAUUCAGAGGAGACGAUAGCGACAGUAACAUCUUGAAAAUCUUCAGAUGUCUUGACCGCGAAGCUGGUGAUCAGUACCAUUACUACCAACCAGGAAUCGGGACAUAUGUUGUAUCUAACUCGUUGUCGCAUACAAGUUUAGGGGCUAGAAUUAGGUCAUGGUACUUGAAAGCCAAAGACUCGGCCGUUGGGUCGAGUUUCGACCAGCACGUCGUAGGCGGCUACCGGUUUCUGAUGCGUUUCUACCAACCAGGCGACGAAAUCUACUUCUUCGGAUUCUCUAGAGGCGCAUAUGUAGCACGCUUUUUGGCGGAAAUGCUCGACUACGUCGGUUUACUAUCUCAUGGAAACGAGGAGAUGGUAACGUUCGCUUGGAAAGCGUUCUCACAAUGGCAAGCUCGACAGGCAGAUCAAACAGAAGAACAAGAAGCUAAACGAAACGAAAUGUACCGUUUCAUGAAGGGGUUUCGAGAAACUUUCAGCCGUCCUGUGAAAAGGAUUCGGUUUCUAGGAUUAUUCGAUACCGUCAACUCGGUACCUCGAUUCGAGGCUGCCUGGAUGCAAAGGUCAAAGCACCCAUAUACCGCGAAGAGUAGUGCUAAGAGGAUUAGGCAUUGCGUCUCCAUAGAUGAGCGACGUGCGAAGUUCCGACAGGAUCUUAUGUACCAAGGAGUUAAUAAGGGGCGUCGAGAACACCAUCCACACAGACACCUUCACGAUAUCGUCCACGAGAAGUACCGCGCGAAACGAGCUGCGAUUUCAGAUUCCACACCAAACGCUCAUCCGGAGAGGGGUCGUCGCGAGACUCUAGCGCCUAUUGAUGAGCGCGCAUUCCGUCCCCAUUCUCGGUCCAAGUCGCGAACCCCAAGAGCCUCCGUUGAUGGGAUGAGCCAAUUCGGAGAGGGAGGGCAGGAUGCCAGCCAAUUUACAGAUGAUGACGAAGAGUCGGACGAUGAACAGGAUAUCGAUGAAAUAUGGUUCGCGGGUGGCCACGGAGAUGUUGGGGGCGGAUGGGAGGUUCCUGAGGAUAGCAAAUCUACGAGCCACGUACCUCUAACCUAUAUGAUCAGGGAAGCCCAGAAAGCAGGUCUCAACUUUGAUGUCGAAAAAUUGAUUGAAAUGGGAGUCACUGAGAUAUUUGCGGAUGCUGCUACUAAUGGUCAUCAUGCUAGUCAUGGCGACAUUGCCCUUCCGGACAUUCGUAUUGAUAUGUCGAGCCCGACACUCCAACCCUCUACUAACCCAGGGGCCGGGCACAAGGACUGGGGUCAUUUCAAUUACACGGGCGAAGAAGAGAAGAACCAAGAAGAGCCUAUUCGACCAUUUCAUCAUAUGCUACACAAAGCUCACUUGGCUAGGAUACAUGAUUCUCUGGAGUUUGCGUCUGGUUUAGGUAAAGGUCAGGUAAUGAGCUGGAACAUAAUGGAAUACAUGCCUUUCAGACGAAUGGAUUUACAGCCAGACGGAUCGUGGAAACCGAUCCGUUGGCCACUCCCGUGCGGAGAGGUAAGGGAUAUCCCCCAGAGCGCUAGGAUACACGGUUCGGUGAUUCGACGAAUGAAACAAGAUAAAGCUUACCGCCCCGGGAACUUGAUUGUCGGUGGCGGUGGGCGUGGAAUGCGCAUAGCACCGGAAGAGUACGGCAUUGGAGAGUGGGAAUGUGUUCAAGACCACGAUGAUCCUAUAGGCGAGGUUUGGGUGAAGAAGACGCCUGUCUCAAAUGGAUCAUAAUGUGUAUACUCUAUUCGUAAUUAGAAUCUAGGUAGCAAAAAAUAAAAUCUGGGUGGUUAUCAGGUUUC